UUCACAGUGUCAUUGCACAGCAGAGGACAGCAUCAUCAUCAUCAGCUAUCUAAAACCCUAAAAACGCACUCUCCGUCUGACGUUGUUAGCUCAUACAGGGAGCAGCAGUGGCGUGCUCUCUGCUCAUACCUCGUACACCUCGGAGCUGAACAGUUGAUAGGGAUCCUCAUUUUGGAUCCACCCCACCACAGAAAAUGGCGGAUUCAAUCGAAUCUGUUGCUUCCAUUGCUGGGUCCGUCUCCACUUCGUCCACCAAGCAACGGAUUCAGAUUUUUAGGAAUCAAAUCCCCUUCGUUAUUAGUAAUUCAGAGAUGUCUCCUGAGUUGGCAUCAAUUUUGGUGGAAAUUAUAUUUAAAACGUUAUUUUUAUACGACGAUCUGCAUUCAACAAAAGCUGUAGAAGCCAUUAUUGUAAAAGGAUUAGGGGAGACGGCGUUCAAGAAGAGUUUCGCUGCUGCCCUCGUGCAAACUAUGGAAAAGCAGGCAAAGGCUCAUUCACAUGCGAGCUGUUACAGACUUCUCAAGUGGUCGUGUAUCCUCUUGGGCCAGAGUCAGUUUGCUGCAGUUUCCAAGAAUGCUGUCUGUAGGGUUGCGGCGGCACAAGCAUCUUUACUGACAGCUGUCAUGAAACGGUCUUUCCGGGAGAGACGAGCCUGCAAGCAAUUAUUUUUUCAUUUAUUCUCUAAGUCUCCCAGCAUCUACAAAAUCUUUAUAGAGGAACUAAAGAAUGCUCGAAUAUCACAUAAAGACAGUGCAGACUUCAUAUUUAUGUUGCUGGAGUACUCAAGCGAAAAUCCUUCUUUAUUUGAAGAGUACAAGCCAGUCUUUCUUGAUGUAUAUGCGAAAGCAGUUCUGAAUGCAAGGGAAAAACCAGCAAAGAGUCUCAGUGAAGCUUUUCAUCCACUUUUUAGGUACAUGUCGCAUGAGGAAUUUCAAAAUACCGUGGUGCCGUCAUCUGUUAAAAUGCUAAAGCGUAAUCCUGAGAUUGUGCUAGAAUCAGUUGGGGUUCUUUUAAAGUUGGUCAAUCUAGACUUGAGUAAGUAUGCUGUGGAAAUUCUCUCUGUGGUGCUUCCACAAGCACGCCAUGCAGAUGAGGGAAGAAGAGUUGAAGCCUUGGCUAUAAUCAGAAGCUUAAGCCAAAAGUCUAGUAACCCAGAUGCUGUGGAGGCUAUGUUUAAUGCCAUCAAAGCUGUCAUUGGAGGGUCAGAGGGAAGGCUUGCAUUUCCUUAUCAGAGGACUGGAAUGAUCAAUGCGCUGCAAGAGUUAUCUCUUGCUCCUGAAGGGAAAUACAUCCACAGCUUAUCACGGACCAUAUGUAGCUUUCUUUUGUCUAGCUACAAGAGUGAGGGAAACGAAGAGGUCAAAUUGGCGAUUCUGUUUGCUAUAGCGUCCUGGGCUGCUCGUUCAGCUGAUGCUGUUGACUCGGGAUUGGUCUCUUUCUUUUCUGCUGGCCUCAAGGAGAAGGAAGUCUUGAGGAGGGGGCAUCUUCGUUGUCUUAGAAUUAUUAGUGGAAAUAGUGAUGCAAUAAUGCAGAUAUCUUCCUUGUUGGGGCCUCUUGUCCAACUGGUCAAAACUGGUUUUACGAAAGCUGCGCAACGGCUGGAUGGUCUCUAUGCGCUUCUUUUAGUUGGGAAGAUAGCAGCUGCUGAUAUUAAAGCCGAAGAGACAGUGACAAAGGAGAAGAUCUGGUCUCUGAUAUCUCAAAAUGAACCUUCUCUUGUACCCUUAUCAAUGGCAUCCAAGUUGUCAGUCGAGGAUUGCAUGUUAUGUGUUGAUCUUCUGGAGGUUUUGCUCGUGGAACAUCAACACAGGAUGUUGGAAGCUUUCUCGAGUAAACCACUGUUGCAGUCGGUACUCUUUCUCAUUUGUCAUCCAAAUUGGGACAUCCGGAAAAUGGCUUCUGAUGCUACUCGAAAGAUAAUUGCUGCUUCCCCACAGUUGUCAGAACCUCUUUUGCUAGAGUUUACGCAGUUCCUCUCUGUUGUUAGUGAAAAAGUCUCUCUUCUGAAGACAAGUGACACAGAGAAUCAAUUGGAUGCUCAAGUUCCCAAUCUAGCAUCCACAGAGGUUCUGGUGAAGGCUCUACUUGUCACAUCAUCUUCAGCUCUAGCUGCUUCAUCUAGCGUUUGCAUGCAAGUCAUACUUUGCUCGCAUCAUCCAUGCAUCACUGGUUCCACUAAGACUGACUCUGUUUGGAAGAGGCUUCAAAAGUGUCUCCAGAAGCAUGCUCUUGAUAUUACCAGAAUUAUCUCUACUGAUGUAUCACAUCUCUGCAAGGGUUUAUUGGGACCAAAGGGCUUGAUGAACCCUAACCCAUUGGAACAACAAGCUGCCGUGUCUUCACUGGCUACUUUGAUGUCUAUUAACCCUAGAGAUACCUACUUAGAGUUUGAGAAGCAUUUGGGUAAUCUCCCUGAUCGAUCCUCGCAUGAUAUGCUUUCAGAAAGUGAUAUACAAAUUUUCCGAACUCCUGAAGGAAUGCUUUCUAAUGAGCAAGGUGUGUAUGUUGCUGAAUCUGUUGCCUCAAAGAACACAAAACUGGCAAAAGGUCGCUUCCGACUGUACGAUGACCAAGAUGACACGCAUCAUGACAGUAAUAGUCAUGUUGUGAAGAGAGAGCCAGCUAAUAGGGAGGCCUCAAAUAUUGGAAGGAAAGAUUCUGGGAAGCCAACUAAGAGAACUGAUAAAGGCUCAGAUAAAGGAAAGACUGCAAAAGAGGAAGCACGCGAGUUGUUGCUGAAGGAAGAGGCAUCUAUACGAGAGAAGGUCAGGGAAAUUCAAAAAAAUCUCUCAGUAAUGCUUAGAGCUCUUGGGGAGAUUGCUAUUGCUAAUCCUAUUUUCGCUCACAGCCAGCUGCCUUCCCUGGUGAAAUUUGUGAAUCCUUUGUUACGUUCACCCAUAGUUGGUGAUGUGGCAUACGAAACCCUUGUGAAACUUGCCAGAUGUACUGCCUCACCUCUCUGUAAUUGGGCUCUCGAAAUUGCAACUGCAUUACGGUUGAUCGUGACAGAAGAGAAUGGCACGCUUUUUGAUGAGUUAACUCCUAUCAGGGGAGAGGGCAAUGAGAAGCAUCAGUUGUCUCUUUUUGAACGUGUAAUAAAUGCCCUGUCUCUGUCAUGCAAAUCAGGGGGUCUUCCUGUAGAUUCCUUUACUUUUGUUUUCCCGAUAAUGGAGAGGAUCUUAGUAUCAUCCAAGAAGACAGGUCUUCAUGAUGAUGUACUUCGAAUUAUCAGUUUACAUUUGGACCCUCUGCUGCCGCUUCCUCGUCUUCGAAUGAUAUCAGCUCUUUAUAAUGUGCUAGGUGUUGUUCCAGCUUAUCAAGCUUCAGCAGGAUCUGCAUUAAAUGAGCUGUGUCUGGGUUUGCAGCCAGACGAAGUUGCACCUGCAUUAUAUGGAGUUUAUGCUAAAGAUGUGCAUGUGAGAAUGGCCUGCUUGAAUGCAGUAAAAUGUGUUCCUUCUGUAGCCAAUUGUACACUUCCCGAGAAUGUUGAGGUUGCAACCGGUAUCUGGAUUGCGCUACAUGAUCCUGAAAAAUCAGUUGCAGAAGUGGCUGAAGAUAUAUGGGAUCGAUAUGGCUAUAACUUUGGGACAGACUAUUCAGGAAUUUAUAGAGCACUUUCCAAUUAUAACUAUAAUGUGAGAUUAGCUGCUGCGGAGGCAUUAGCUGCUGCUUUGGAUGAAAAUCCAGAUACGAUACAGGAAGCACUUUCAACUUUAUUUUCUUUAUAUAUUCGCGAUGCCAAUUUCAAAGAUGACAUUGUCGAUGCUGGUUGGCUUGGGCGACAAGGAAUUGCUCUGGCACUAUAUUCUGCUGCUGAUGUGAUAAGGACAAAAGAUCUUCCUGUUGUCAUGACUUUCCUGAUAUCCCGAGCCCUGGCUGAUCCAAAUGCUGAUGUUCGUGGAAGGAUGAUUAAUGCUGGUAUAAUGGUCAUUGAUAAGCAUGGGAAGGAGAAUGUUUCCCUGCUGUUCCCAAUCUUCGAGAACUACUUAAAUAAGGAGGCAUCUGAUGAGGAAACAUAUGAUCUUGUUCGAGAAGGUGUUGUCAUCUUUACAGGAGCAUUAGCUAAGCACCUGGCAAAGGAUGAUCCCAAAGUUCAUACAGUUGUUGAGAAGUUAUUGGACGUUCUAAAUACGCCGUCUGAAGCAGUGCAGCGUGCUGUGUCAGUUUGUCUGUCUCCGUUGAUGCAAUCAAAACGAGAAGAAGGCCAAGCUCUGGUUUCUAGGCUGUUGGACCAGCUUAUGAAGAGUGAUAAGUAUGGUGAACGGCGUGGAGCAGCUUUUGGACUUGCUGGUGUGGUCAAGGGUUUUGGGAUAUCAUGCUUGAAGAAAUAUGGGAUUGUUGAUGCAUUGCGAGAAGGUUUAGUUGACAGGAACUCUGCAAAACGUCGCGAGGGAGCUCUGAUGGCAUUUGAAUGCCUCUGUGAGAAGCUGGGGAAGUUAUUUGAGCCGUAUGUAAUCCAAAUGCUACCGUUACUUUUGGUUUCUUUCUCCGAUCAAGUGGUUGCAGUUCGUGAAGGUGCUGAAUGUGCUGCUCGGGCCAUGAUGUCUCAGAUGAGUGCUCAGGGGGUCAAACUUGUGCUUCCGUCUCUUCUCAAGGGCCUUGAAGACAAAGCUUGGAGAACCAAGCAAAGUAGUGUACAGUUGCUUGGUGCCAUGGCUUAUUGUGCCCCUCAACAACUCUCUCAGUGCCUUCCCAAGAUCGUACCUAAACUAACCGAGGUGUUGACAGAUACCCACCCCAAGGUUCAGUCGGCAGGUCAGACGGCCCUUCAGCAGGUUGGGAGUGUGAUAAAGAAUCCCGAGAUAUCUUCUCUUGUGCCCACCCUUCUGAUGGGUCUUACAGAUCCCAAUGACCACACGAAGUACUCGCUUGAUAUUCUUCUUCAGACCACUUUUGUGAAUUCAAUUGACGCCCCUUCACUUGCCCUAUUGGUGCCAAUUGUGCAUAGAGGGUUGAGAGAAAGGAGUGCUGAUACGAAGAAGAAAGCUGCACAAAUAGUUGGGAAUAUGUGUUCGUUGGUUACUGAACCGAAGGAUAUGAUUCCCUACAUUGGAUUACUCCUUCCCGAAGUCAAGAAGGUUCUUGUAGAUCCAAUUCCCGAGGUUCGGUCUGUUGCAGCAAGGGCCCUCGGGUCUCUUAUUAGAGGAAUGGGGGAAGAAAAUUUCCCUGAUCUUGUUCCAUGGCUCUUGGAUACUCUUAAAUCUGAUGGAAGCAAUGUUGAGCGCUCUGGAGCUGCGCAAGGGCUGACAGAGGUUUUAGCCGCACUUGGCGUGGAAUACUUUGAGAACUUGCUUCCCGACGUUAUUCGGAACUGUUCUCACCAGAAAGCAUCUGUUCGUGAUGGAUAUUUGACAUUGUUCAAGUACUUCCCGAGAUCGUUGGGUGUACAAUUCCAGAACUAUCUGCCGCAGGUGCUGCCUGCUAUUUUGGAUGGUCUUGCAGAUGAGAAUGAAUCUGUUCGUGAAGCAGCACUGGGUGCAGGACAUGUCCUUGUAGAGCACUACGCAACAACGUCAUUACCUCUUCUCCUUCCUGCUGUGGAGGAUGGAAUCUUCAAUGACAGCUGGCGUAUCAGACAAAGUUCAGUUGAAUUAUUGGGUGACCUGUUGUUCAAGGUUGCUGGAACUUCAGGGAAGGCCUUGCUUGAGGGUGGGAGUGAUGAUGAAGGUGCUAGUACUGAAGCACAUGGGCGUGCAAUUAUUGAGGUUCUUGGAAAGGACAAGCGUAAUGAAGUUCUUGCAGCCCUUUAUAUGGUCCGAACUGAUGUUAGUUUAUCAGUUCGCCAGGCCGCUUUACACGUUUGGAAGACCAUAGUUGCAAAUACUCCAAAGACUCUGAAGGAAAUAAUGCCAGUUCUGAUGAACACCUUGAUCACUUCCCUUGCUUCAUCAUCAUCUGAGAGGAGACAGGUUGCUGGGAGAUCACUGGGUGAACUUGUCAGAAAACUUGGAGAAAGAGUGCUUCCUCUUAUUAUACCAAUAUUAGCGAAAGGGUUGGAGGAUCCUACUAGCAGCAGAAGACAGGGUGUCUGCAUUGGGCUGAGUGAGGUGAUGGCAAGUGCUGGUAGGAGUCAGUUAUUGAGUUUCAUGGAUGAGCUUAUUCCUACCAUUCGCACAGCGCUCUGUGAUAGCACACCUGAGGUUCGGGAGGCUGCAGGUCUGGCGUUUAGCACUCUCUACAAGAGUGCUGGAAUGCAAGCAAUAGAUGAAAUUGUCCCAACACUUCUGCAUGCUUUGGAGGAUGAUGAGACUUCGGAUACUGCUCUAGAUGGCCUUAAACAAAUCCUUAGUGUAAGGACUGCUGCUGUGUUGCCUCAUAUAUUGCCAAAGCUGGUCAAUCAGCCCCUCUCGGCCUUCAAUGCACAUGCUCUAGGAGCAUUAGCAGAGGUUGCUGGAGCCGGUCUAAACUUCCAUCUUGGUACCGUUCUUCCUGCUUUAUUGUCCACCAUGGGUGGAGAUGAUUCGGAAGUUCAACCUUUGGCUAAGGAGGCAGCUGAAACCGUGGUCCUAGUGAUCGAUGAAGAAGGCAUUGACACUUUGUUAUCAGAACUUCUUAAAGGUGUUAGCGAUAGUCAGGCAUCAAUUAGGAGGAGUUCUGCUUACCUCAUUGGGUACUUAUUUAAGAACAGCAAGCUGUAUUUGGUGGACGAAGCUCCAAACAUGAUAUCAACGCUGAUUGUUUUGCUCAGCGACUCGGACUCAGCUACUGUUUCAGUCUCUUGGGAGGCCCUAUCAAGUGUUGUCAGUUCUGUUCCUAAAGAGGUACUUCCAUCAUAUAUUAAGCUUGUGAGAGAUGCUGUCUCCACAGCCAGAGAUAAAGAGCGUCGGAGGAAGAAGGGAGGGCCUGUUCUUGUUCCAGGAUUCUGUCUUAGGAAAGCUCUUCAGCCAGUGCUUCCAAUGUUUCACCAAGGUCUUAUAAGUGGAUCUGCUGAGUUGAGAGAGCAGGCAGCACUGGGUCUUGGAGAGCUUAUCGAGGUCACAAGUGAACAGGCGUUGAAGGAGUUUGUGAUCCCAAUAACGGGGCCACUUAUUCGCAUAAUUGGCGACCGUUUCCCUUGGCAAGUAAAGAGUGCCAUAUUAUCCACCUUAACCGUAAUAAUCCGGAAGGGAGGCAUUGCCUUGAAACCUUUCCUUCCACAGCUUCAAACCACAUUUGUAAAGUGUUUGCACGAUAGUACAAGGACGGUCCGAUCAAGUGCUGCCCUUGCUCUUGGGAAGCUCAGUGCACUUAGUACAAGGGUCGAUCCUUUAGUCGGUGAUCUGUUGACAAGUUUGCAGGCUUCAGAAGGUGGGGUCCAGGAGGCCAUCUUGAUUGCCUUAAGGGGUGUCCUGAAGCAUGCAGGGAAGAGUGUCAGUGCUGCCGUGAGAACACGUGUGUACAAUCAACUGAGAGACUUAAUCCUUCAUGAUGAUGACCAAGUUAGAAUAUCUUCCGCAAAAAUACUAGGCAUCAUAUCUCAGUACAUGGAAGAGGAGCAACUGAACGAUCUGUUUGAGGAACUACUGAAGUCAUCUUCAUCUUCUAGCUGGUCUGCAAGACACGGAUCUUUACUCACCAUCUUAUGGAUAUUGAUGCAUAAUUCUUCUGCUAUAAUGGGGUCACGGUCGUUCUCAUCAAUCGUCGACUUCUUUAAAUCUGGCUUGAAAGAUGAGAAGUUUCCAAUUCGAGAAACCUCAACCAAAGCUCUGGGAAGGCUCCUACUAUGUGAGAUUCAAACUAGUCCUGGUAACAACAGUCGGCACUCCGACCUCAUUUCGUCCAUCGUUUCUGCUCUGCGUGAUGACUCAAGUGAAGUCCGAAGAAGAGCAUUGUCUGCUAUAAAGUCUCUUGCAAAAGGAAAUCCUUCCAUUAUAGUGGCCAACAUAUCGGUUGUGGGCCCUGCAGUGGCUGAGUGUUUGAAGGAUGGGAGCAUGCCAGUCAAACUUGCUGCAGAACGAUGUUCGCUUCACGUCUUCCAGUUGACCAAGGCUGCAGAAAAUGUUCAAGCAGCACAGAAGUAUAUUACAGGAUUGGAUGCCAGGCGAUUAUCGAAGCUCCCAGAACUGAGUGAUGAGAGUGAAGACAGCGAAAAUGACUCGACAAGUGGCUAAAGAACCAAUGGCGUCCAUAGUUUUGUUCAUGUUGAUAGGCGAGGUGGCGGAGGGUCGUGUGAUCAAGAAUCCAUUUCACUACCAAGUGUUGAGAGAUGAUAAUUCACAAGAAUACGAAGAUACAGCGAGAGAUAUUGCCAGCCCAGCUUUUUUCCCGGGUCUGGGCUUUUAUUAACCGAUUAUACGGUUAUGCGGAUACCCUACUUUUUGUAUUUCUUGCUAAUGUUUAUAGAGAAUCCGCAAAAGGUAGAGUAUACAGAAACAUCGGUAUUGUGCUGUAACCUACAUGUCAUCGGAUUAUCGACAAUGAUCAAUCGACACUGAUCAGUUCUUGUUGACUUGCUUCUUUCCGAGAGUACCAAAGAGAAUGUUUUCCUUCUCCA